GUCAAAGUCAGUCAUUUUCAUUUGGCAAAUCAUGCAUGUUCGAUUUGAUUGCGUUGGGUUCUUAUUUCGUGCAAUUUAAUUGGUUUUAAUUGUAAUUAACGUGAUUAAUAGAUAGAAUUGAAUAUUAUGGCAGACCAAAACCCACAAGCAGGAGACACGGGUCCCCCGAAGGGCAUCCCAGCGCUGAAGGCCCAUGUGGCCGCCAAUAAGAUUGACGUGGCCCUGUGGGGCAUCCGGCUGCUCACUGUCUUGUGCACAAUAGGAUAUGUCUUACCUUUAUUCAAUAACCCAGUGUCGGCCUUCUACAAGGCGCUGCUCGGCAACGCGGCGACGUCGGCGCUCCGCCUGCACCAGCGGAUCCCGGCGCGCGAAAUCUCCCUCUCCCGGGAAUUCCUGGCGCGGUUCUUCCUGGAGGACUCCGCUCACUACCUCUUCUACUCGCUGAUAUUCAUGAACGUGGCGCCUAACUUGUUGAUCCUGACGCCCAUUUUCCUGUUCGCGCUCUUGCACGCCGCCUCCUACUCGCUCACCAUUCUUGAUACGCUCGGCCAGAACUCGAUGUGGGUGGCGCGCUUGCUGAUCUCGCUGGUGGAGUUCCAAUCGCGCAACAUUCUGCGCGCCGCCGCGCUCGCCGAGAUCGUGCUGUUCCCCGUCGUCGUGCUCAUGGCGCUGUUCGCGUACUGCAGUCUGCUGACGCCGUUCGUGUACUACUACUUCGUGACGUGGCGCUAUGCGUCCCGUCGCAAUCCUUACACGCGCAACACCUUCCACGAGUUGCGAGCGCUCGCCGACCGCACCGCCGCGCGCCAGUCGCUGCCCGCGCCGCUGCGGUCAGCCAUCGCUGCUGCGGUCACGUUGGUCUGCCGCAUGGCGCCGCCGCUUGAAGCCGCUGCUCAAUAACCUCAAAACCACUCCACUCCCAACUUCGGCGUCCGCUGACGCCGCCGCUGCAGGCUCCUGCAACGAUGACCACCCUUCGUAUCUCGCUCGUGUUUAAUAAACGUGCCGAUGACUUGUGACAAUUUUGUCUAUGAUGCACCGAGCUUCUAUGAAUGCGGUGGGUAGAUGAAUGAAAUUAUGACAAUUUUUGUUAAAGAAAUGUCACUCUUGACAUCAUCUACCCACUGUGAGUUGCAAUAAGGGCCCUCGCCCACGACGUUUACGAAACACGCGACAGCAUCGCUACUAACGCGCGUUAGUCGCAUUUGCAACGCACUACAGAAGUGAUGCCAACGCGCUACUAACGCGCUACAAAAAAUCGCCGUGGGCGAGGGCCCUAAGAAGCAUGGCUGCACUGUGACUAACGCCAAAGUAUUAUUACUGUCUAGGGCCAAAACAAAAAUAUCAUUACGUAAUUUUAAAAUCAUUUUAUUGGUUUAAGCUGUACAGCUUCAUGACGAAAUUGUGGAUAAAGUAACGAUAAUGCAUUUUAUUGUCAUGUUUAUUAAAUUUGGUGUUAGAUAUCUUUCAAUAAACCAACAUAGGUGAACAAAACAGACCAGGCAAAGCCCAAACCUUUCUUUUUUACUAUGUGGACAUAACCCCACUGUCACUCGACUGAGCGUAUUGUCUUGAUGCUUUUGUCAUUCCUAUUUUUGGUGAGGAUAAAAUAAAUAUUGUGUAUUUAAAUAAGCUCUGAUUUUUAAUUUAAGUCAUCUGAUAUUAGGACUAUAGAUAAAGGAACUCGUCGAUUACAGUAUAGUUAUCUAAUGACCGAUAUUAAAAAUCAGAGUAAAGUGCACUAGCUCGUUGCAUAGUUAAGUUUGAUAUUUAUUGUAGUGUUGUGGUCGAGCGAUUCCAAACCUUACGUUCAGUAUUCACGGUUGUUUUUCAAAUUAAAUUUUACAACGUUUUCGUCACAAUCUCGUGUUUGGCUUUUAAUACGAAUAAAUUAUCGUAAUAAAUAAAUCUAUGUGAAUAGUUGUUGGUGUUCCAACAGUUUGUCCUUGCGGUACAAAUAAAAUGCACUAUAAAAAUCUUUACAAUGCACAGACUGUCUAUAUGCCCAACCCAACGGCAUGACAGAAAUAUACGGAUGGCAUAUUAAUUAAAAUAUAUACAAAAUACCACAAUAAUGAUUAUUGUAUUGUCUGGUAGUUAAUUAAAUUUUAUUUAUGAACGUAAACCACUUGAUUAUAUUUACUGUAGUGGUAGGCGAGCCAGCCGUGUCAAUUUCUGUCGUGGUUUCCCUUGCAUUUCAUACAAGUGUAUCUUUCUUUAUACGGGGUAAUUGCAUUAAGUUUAAUUUAAGGAUGAGAAGUGUAUUUUGGUCCAAUUUUAGUUAAGAUUUAUUUACGAUAGAUUUAAUAAGACGUUUUUAUGGAUUUUCCAAGAAUACAGUAAUUAGGAGGAAUGAAAUGUAUUGGACGCUCAGCAAAGCACCGGUGACUACCUGAAAUCAUUUACGACUAAUAUUAGUUAUUUAUGAAAGAAAAAUUUAGUUAUCAAUUUUAUUUUACACGCGUUGAAUCAACAAAAAAGUACAUAAUCAUUUUUCUCGGUGGUUUGCUGACGUAAUAAAUGUAUUUAGUAAUAAUAAUGCACUUGGUUUAGGGUGAUUGUAGUCAUGUUUUAUAAAUAAAUGUUGGUGUAAACUGUA